UUGCAUUCCUUGUAGCUUGGCAAAGAAAGACUAAAAGUAUAAGCCAUCUAGGAUCAAAGCCCAUCUUGUCGCUUGUCGUCAAUAGAUAAUGAUGCAAACAGGGUAGACAACCAGCUAUAGUCGCGCGAGCAUACUUCAUCCUCCUAACUGCUAGCAAGCAGCAAGUCUGCGUUCAACUCGAGCUCAGAAUCAAGCCACUCAGCUCGAAGCCGUAUCCGAUCACCCGAUGACGUUCCAGCCGUCUCAUAUCAAGCUCGCUCGGCUUCUCGCCCCCUCGAUCGCCCUCGCUACGUCUGGGGGGAUCUUGGCGUUGUCGUACUACACCUCGCCCAUCUUGCGGGCCAUCAUCACCCAUCCUUCCCAGACCUCCCGAGCUGCCUCAAGGUCAGCCGGAGGAGCGUCGACAGCUUUGGCUCUCUCGGAACUUCGUCGACUCUUCUCCUCUGGGUCUCACGUUUUCCCUCAACUCGCCGGCCUCUCCUCUGCUCUCUCCUUUUACCUCGCCUACUCCCUCCCCGCUCAUCGAGCAGGGUACAUCCUGGCAGGCGGGUUAGCUAUCGCGAUCGCCCCGGUCACGACAGGGAUCAUGGUCCCCGCCUGUAAUGGCCGAUUGAUCGAGCUGGACGAGCGGGCCAAUAAGAAGAAAGAGGACGACUUCGAACUCGACCCAAAGGAGGUGGUCGCGUUGUUGAAGACCUUUGAACAGCUGAACGCCGUUCGGGCGUUUUUGCUUGGGAUGGGAGGAUUCGUUGGAGUUUGGAUGGCUCUGUCGUAGGCUGGACAUGAGAAGCUGGACUGCUCCUCUAGGUCGUGUAUCCGUUUGCAGAUAUGAGCCAUGACUAGGGGUCAAAACAUGUAGAAUACACCUGUUGCCCCGAUCCGUCGUUCCGUCGGGAUUUGGUCCGAAACCGGAUUUGACCGUGUCACAUCGGUUGACUGCUCAUCUCUUCGACAGAUCUUUACCUCCCCUACCUCCUUGUCAAAUCUAUAGCAGUGAUCAAGAUAGAAGUCGGUGGA